UGGACGCACCUGCCCAUGCAGGUGGCCGCUGCGACCACCAAAGCCACCAUGAAUAAGGCUGCUGGCCGGGACGAGCACUCAGAACCCUUCAGUCUGAUCCCUUACUUUCUGCAGGCAGCCAACACGAGCGGCAAUGCGUCGCUUCAGCUGCAGGACUUGUGGUGGGAGCUGGGGCUGGAGUUGCCGGAUGGCGCGGCGCCAGGGCAUCGCCCUGGCAGCGGCGGGGCAGACAGCGCAGACCCCGAGGCCCGGGUGCGGAUCCUCAUCAGCGUGGUGUACUGGGUGGUUUGCGCGUUGGGGCUGACGGGCAACCUGCUGGUGCUCUAUCUGAUGAAAAGUAAGCAGUGCUGGCGCAAGUCUUCUAUCGAUCUCUUUGUCACCAACCUGGCGCUGACGGACUUUCAGUUCGUGCUCACCCUGCCCUUCUGGGCGGUGGAAAACGCUCUCGACUUCAGAUGGCCCUUUGGCAAGGCCAUGUGUAAGAUCGUAUCCAUCGUGACGUCCAUGAACAUGUAUGCCAGCGUUUUCUUCCUCACCUCCAUGAGCAUGGCACGCUACCACUCGGUGGCCUCGGCUCUCAAGAGCCACCGGACCCGAGGUCACGGCCGAGGCGACUGCUGCGGUUGGAGCCUGGGGGACAGCUGCUGCUUCUCGGCCAAAGCACUGUGCAUACUGAUCUGGGCCUCAGCUGUGCUGGCCUCCCUGCCCAACGCCAUGUUCUCCACCACGAUCAAGGUGAUGGGUGAGGAGCUGUGCCUGGUGCGCUUCCCGGACAAGUUGUUGGGGGGCGACAGGCAGUUCUGGCUGGGCCUCUACCAUUUGCAAAAGGUGCUGCUAGGCUUCGUGCUUCCACUGAGCACCAUCAGCCUGUGCUACCUGCUGCUGGUGCGCUUCAUCUCCUACCGGCGUGUGGCAGGGACUGAAGGAGCCGCCUCAGCAGCUGCGGGAGGCCUGGCCCGAGUCAGCGCCCAGAGAAGGUCCAAGGUCACUAAGUCAGUGACCAUCGUGGUCCUAGCCUUCUUCCUGUGUUGGCUGCCCAACCAGGCGCUCACCACCUGGAGUAUCCUCAUCAAGUUUAACGUGGUGCCCUUCAGCCAAGAGUACUUCUUGUGUCAGGUAUACGCGUUCCCGGUGAGCGUGUGCCUGGCUCACUCUAACAGCUGUCUCAACCCCAUCCUCUACUGCCUCAUGCGCCGCGAGUUCCGCAAAACGCUCAAGAGCCUGCUGUGGUGCAUCGCGUCGCCUUCUCUCACCAGCACGCGCCCUUUCACCGCCACCACUAAGCCGGAGCCUGAGGAUCAGGGGCUGCAGGCCUUGGCUCCUCUCCCCCCGGCGGCCGCGGAGCCGAAGCUGCUUUACUACCCGCCUGGCGUGGUGGUCUACAGUGGGGGCCGCUACGACCUGCUGCCCAGCGACUCUGCCCACUGACGGAGGCCCAGGGGGCGCAGUCACCGCAAAGUGGCCUUACCGGGAGGCCCGGGGAAAGAGGAGAAACGAUCAGGGGAUGCUGGGGGCCCUUCCAGACCGAGGGUAGGAUGAACGAACG